AAAAAAAAAAAAAAAAAAAAAAACUCCCGGGAAAGUCAUGACUUUGCCUCAGAGGGACAUAUUGUCCUAAUUACAUACUUCCAAGGCCAAGAAAGAGAGAGGGAGAGAGAACAUUAAUCUGCAUGUUGUGCAAAAUAUUUAAAUGGAGGACGAUGAUGAGAAAAAAGCCUACGCUUCUCCAACAUCAUCUCCUUCAACACCUCCCUCUCCACUUCCAAUAAGUGUAGGACCCGGCAACCAAAGGUACAUAUUCUCACCGUCUCCCUCCCCUUCGCCGCCUUUCUCUCAGCCUCCCUCGGGCCAUGCGUCUGCGGAGAACCUCCCUCUUCUGCCUCAUGGUCAGAAGCUCCCUAGUAGUCCUCCAGCACCAUCACCAUUCUCGUUGGAUUAUCGGAGACCACCCGAGGAUUCGGAUUCCAAGAGCUCAUGUCUAGUAGACUUGUUAGCGUGGUUCAUAGAAAGAUGCUGCAACUGUGGCGCUAAUUCUCAGUAGAUUUUUCUCAUUACAAAUACAAAAUGGAAACGCGAAAAGCAAAGAAAAAAUCAGGAGCAGUCAAACUGUAAAGCUGUAAUAUAUGUUUGCUUGCAUUGGGGUUUUAAUUUUACCUCCAGGGAUUUGGAUUUACCAGAGAUUUGAAGCUGCAAGUGUUUGCAUCUAACACAUCCUUGAUUUCUGCUAAACUGACCAUUACGAUUCAUCUCUCAUCAGAUGGAGUUUUUUUUUCCCUCAACUAGUUGAAGACCUGCAUGCAGUGAAAGUGAAAUGAGUGUUUUGAUCUUGUUUUGUAACAAUUUAUGUUCUUUGUGACAAUUAAUUUUCUGAUUGAAAAUCGGAGAGAUGAGUUUCUAA